AAAUCACUAUGGGAUAAAUGACAGAUGUGCAUAUAUGUAUAUACAUAUACAUAUAGUGCAUAUAAUAUAUAGAUAAUUUACUAUAGAUAUAAAUAAUUGACAUGAGUCUACAUUUUUGACAGUUAAAUAGAAGAUUUAGUUACGGAGGUUAUUUCAAUUUACACCUCAUUGUAUCAACUGGCUGUACAUUAUCUUAAAGUAUGACACGUGUGUGCAUCUGCUGCAAAUAUCGUGUAAAUAAAUACAUGUCAGACGUAUCGCUCUAUAGAUUCCCGAGAAAUGACGACUUGCUGAGAGAGUGGCAGCUCGCGAUCGGCACGGAGAAAGACGUUAACGAAUCCUCGCGAAUAUGUUUACGUCACUUCAAGGAAGACGAUUUUACGUACACCUUGGCCGGAGAGAAACGUUUCCUGAAGCGAGGAGUGGUACCGUCUCUUCAUUUAGACGAAGAAACCGGACGCAAUCAACUCUGUAACAGGCAAAAUGCAACCCCUAAAAAUGAAAACCAGUCAAUUGACAUUGCAGAUGAGCAUAUCGUGGAAGCUGUGGGAGGCGAGUUGUUAAAUAUUACAGAAUCGCAAGUGGAAACUAGGAAAGAUCAUCCGUUGUCGUACAUUAUUGGAAAAAGGAACGAGGCAACCGAAUUAUCCUCGUCACCAGGUCACGACGAGCCAAGGAAAAAGUGUAAGAGAUAUCUAUACGAUGUUCAGUGGGAGGAAAUCUCUACAUCGCCGGUACAAGCUAAAAUUUAUUGGGAAGUGGUGAUCGGGAAAAUUAGGCGGCAGAAAUUGACUCUGAGAACUUUGCGACAAAAAGUCAGGAGAUUAAAAAAGAAAAUUCUAGAAUUGCACGUUCAAAUCAAAGAUGUAACGAAUACCGAUUCACACAGUAAAUCUUGUAAGAAUUAUGUAAGUAAUGUACAAAAUGUAUAGAAAUACGCUUCGUUAUAUGUUAUAUUUUCCGAUUUUGUUUCUACUAAGAGAAUUGUGUAUACUUGUUUCAUUUUACAUACAUAAGUGUAAAAAGGUGCGCGGAGCUAAAAUCACUAUAUCCUAGGGAUAUAUGUAAUUUACUUGAUACUUCGGAAAUAUAUGUUUUAAUAUAUAUCA